AUGGCUAUUUGCGCGUUAUUACGCCGGUCUAUUAUAAAUGGGACAGUUUAUUCUGCUGCUACGCUGCGGUUUGCUUCUACUCAACCAGAGAAGAAAGUUUAUUUCGAUAUAACAGCAGAUGGCGAGUCGUUAGGCCGCGUUGUUAUGAAGCUAGAUACUGAUGAAGUUCCUAAAACUGCUGAAAAUUUUAGAGCUUUAUGUACUGGAGAAAAGGGAUUUGGAUAUAAAGGCUCAUCAUUUCACAGAAUUAUUCCAGACUUUAUGUGUCAAGGUGGUGACUUCACGAAUCAUAAUGGUACUGGUGGAAAGUCGAUUUAUGGUAGAACUUUUCAAGAUGAAAACUUCAAAUUAAGGCACACUGGUCCAGGAAUGUUAUCAAUGGCCAAUGCUGGUCCUAACACCAAUGGGUCUCAAUUUUUUAUUACCACUGCUGCAACACCAUGGUUGGAUAGAAAACAUGUUGUCUUUGGUUCAGUUGUAGAAGGAAUGGAUGUUGUAAGAAAAAUGGAAAGUCUAGGUUCAAAGAGUGGAAAGCCAUCCAAAAAAGUUGUUAUUCAAGAAUGUGGUAUUCUUGAUGAUGCUGUCUAUAACGCCAUGCAAACU